AUGGAUCUGGGAGGCACUGGGAGUUCGUUCAAAGAAGUUCUUGAAUCACACAUGAUUUUUUCAGAUUAUGAGAAAGCUAAGUCUAAAUCGGAGGCCAAUUGUAAUAAUACGUUUGUAAAAUCAAGGAUUUGUUCGGAUGGGAAGAAUGGAAAUCAUUCGAAGAAUGGUGUUUAUGACUUACUAGAGUGCCCUGUUUGCAAGAAUUUGAUGUAUCCCCCAAUUCAUCAGUGCCCAAAUGGCCACACAUUAUGUUCAAAUUGUAAGACUGCUGUACAUAACCGAUGCCCAACAUGUCAUCGUGAUCUUGGGAAUAUAAGGUGUUUGGCUUUAGAGAAGGUCGCAGAAUCAAUGGAACUUCCUUGCAGAUAUCAAAAUCUAGGUUGUCAUGAUAUAUUCCCAUACCACACUAAACUAAAGCACGAGCAAAAUUGUCGAUUUCGUCCAUACAAUUGCCCUUACGCCGGAUCAGAGUGCUCUAUGAUGUGUGACAUUCCAACUCUUAUGGCACAUCUCAAGAAUGACCACAAGGUUGAUGUACAUGACGGAUUCACCUUCAAUCAUCGAUACGUCAAAUCAAAUCCACACGAAGUUGAAAAUGCCACAUGGAUGCUAACCGUUUUCAAUUGUUUUGGAAAGCACUUUUGCUUGCACUUUGAGGCAUUUCUACUCGGCACAGCUCCUGUUUAUAUGGCGUUUUUACGAUUUUUAGGAGACGAGAAAGAGGCAAAGAAAUUCAGGUAUAGUUUAGAGGUUGGUGGAAAUAGCCGCAAGCUCAUAUGGCAAGGAAUCCCAAGGAGCAUUCGCGAGAGUCAUAGAAAAGUGCGUGAUAGUCAAGACGGACUCAUCAUUCAGAGAAACCUAGCUCUUUAUUUCUCCGGUGGCGAUAAACAGCAGUUAAAGUUGAGGAUCACUGGUCGUAUAUGGAAAGAAGAAUGA